AUGGAGCAAUUGAUUGGUGUUGUCACCAAUCUUGCAAUUUCAAGAAAUGAAGAGGAUUUUGUGGAUCGUCUCAAUUUCCGUUUCACCUCAUAUCUCUUCGCUUUCUGCAGUUUGUUGAUCACAUCAAAGCUCUAUCUUGGAAAUGCGAUCAAAUGCUGGACACCGAAUGAAUUUAAAAAAGGCUGGACUCAAUACACUCAUGACUAUUGUUUGAUCGAAAAUACCUAUUAUCUUCCAAUGGACGAUCCAUUAAUGCCCGGACAUCAAACUAGAGAAGAUAAAGAAUUGCAAUACUACCAGUGGGUUCAAUUUGUGCUCAUUUUGAUGGCUUUCUGUUUCUAUCUUCCGCACACAUUCUGGAGAAGUGUCAAUUGGCAAUCGGGCAUUCAGGUGAAAGCAAUCGUCGAACAAGCAGUGAAAUUCCCGGCUUUGAAUGAGAAAGAGAGAAAGGAAAAUAUUGACAAAGUGACCAAACACAUUGAGACCUCAAUGUCCUAUUCCUCAAGACUCGCCUCAAAUCGAUCAAACAUCUUCAUGAUGGCUUUUGGAUGGGUUUUUGGUGAACAUUUCAUGACAUGGAUGUAUUUGAUCACGAAAGUGCUCUUUUUGGUGAAUAUCUGUCUUCAACUCUCCAUCCUUCACCUCUUCCUCGGAUUCUCACCAAUCAAUUUCUUGGAAUUGAAAAUGGGUUUCAAUACGAACUGGAAAGAUACCGGAUUGUUCCCAAGGAGUACGAUGUGUGAUUUUGAGAUCCGAACGAAAGGAAAUGUUCAACGAUACAGUGUUCAAUGUGUUCUCCAAUUGAACAUGUUUAACGAAAAGAUUUUCCUUGUUUUAUACUACUGGCUAUUGGUUUUGUUCAUGGUAACAUUGGGUAAUUUUGCCGCAUGGAUUCUCAAUCUUUUCUCUGCUGCAAAUCGUGAAGAUUUCGCGAAAAAGAUGCUUAAUGGAGCGGGAAUCUCUCGACCAACACAUAGACGAUCACCAAAAGCAACAGAUGAUAAAGAUUCGAUUGAGAUGGCAAAGAUGAACACUGAUAGAAAUCCGAAUUAUGACGUGGAGAUUGAAAACUACAACAAUUUUAUCAAAAUGUCCACGGAUCAGGUUUUACUUCUUCGAUUGAUCUCCUCAAAUGCCGGAGAUAUUGCUGCAAGUGAUGUCACUGCAUCGCUUUAUCGACUAAAAUUCAACAAGGAAAAAAGC